AUGAAAAAAUUACUUGAAUCGAAUAUUGAUGAUGCAAAAGAAUUAUUAAAUAAGUUAAUUGUUGUUAAACUUAAUGGUGGUCUUGGUACAACAAUGGGUUGUCAAGGACCAAAAAAGUGUUAUUUCUGUACGCAGUGAUAUCCACAUAUUGAUCAUGAAACAUUGUUACCUGCCCCAAAAACUAUUGAGGAUUCAGAUAAUUCAUGUUGGUAUCUACUUGGUCAUGGUGAUGUUUAUCCAUCAUUUUAUCAAUUCAGUUUACUUGAUCAAUUUAUUGAACAAGGAAAAGAAUAUAUGUUUUUAAGUAAUAUUGAUAAUCUUGGAGCAACUGUUGAUUUAUUAACUGAUAAAACACGAGCUGAUGUUAAAAGUGGAACUUUAAUUGAAUAUCAAGGAAAAUUACGUUUACUUAAAAUAGCUCAAGUACCUAAAGAACAUGUUGAUGAAUUUAAAAGUACAAUGGAUAAUGGUCUUAAUGUAGUUCAAUUAGAAACAGCUAGUAGAGCAGCAAUACAAAGUUUUGAAGGUGCACAAGGUAUUAAUGUUCCACGUUGUCGUUUUCUUCCCGUUAAAACAACAUCAGAUCUUUUAUUGGUUAUGUUGAAUUUAUUUACACUUAAUUGUGGUAAUUUAGUUAUGAAUGUUCAAUGUUCAUUUCCAUCAGUACCUUUGGUUAAAUCUUGGAACAAGUUUAAUAAAGUAUUUUUUUCAUUUCAUUUAAUUUAA